AGAUAUCACCAUUCUUUCAUAAUGGUUUCAACAAACACCUCAGACUUCUUAUCGAAUCUUCAUGAUUCUCUUUUGGUUAUGAUAAUCUCGUUGUUACCAUUCAAAGAAUCGGUACGAACGAGUGUUCUUUCAAAGAGAUGGAGACAUCUUUGUCGUGAGACAACAAGUCUUGUCUUCAAAGAGUCCGAAUUUGCAGAACCCACUCGUCAUGAUAGCGCUUUCUUGGUUGGUGUUAUGCUUGACUGGGUCUCAAAGUUUACUGGCAAAGUGAUCGAAAACUUUGAGAUUCAUCUCUCCCAGCCCAGAGGUUUCGAGGGAGACAUAAUGUGCCUCACCGAAUUCGCCACCUCCCGACAAGUCAAGAGCUUUGUUCUUGAUUUCUCAGAUCAUAACCAUGGAAGCUUAGUAAACUCAUUUGUAAUGGAUUGUAUGCUUAGAUGCCAGUAUCGUCAAAGAAAGGAACUAGAUGCUUCUCAUCUGUUUUUCAAUCUUUUAUAUGUUAGAUCUUUAACCGUUUGCUCUUUCUUCCUUCAGGUGAUCCAAGAUUGUGACGAUCCUAUGGCUUUGCAUGAUCCGAUGAAAACUCGACAUUUGGUGCUGAGAACAAAUGUGCAACCAAAAGACUUACGGGGAAUUAAUAUAUUUCUCAAUAGCUGUCCGGAACUGGAAUCUCUCACUUUUGAUUUGGUUACUACCAGUCGUUUCGUGAUAGUUCGGUCGCCAUGGGUGAUAGAUCCGUUGGCGCAUUGGCUAACUAGCGAAGCUUACGAGUGUUUGGAAAAAACGCUCAAGGUUGUGAAGGUUAAGAACUUUCGUGGAAGCUCGAACGAGUUACAUUUGCUUCAAUACCUGCUUCGUACUGGGCGUGUGCUGGAACGAGUUGAGCUUUACGAGGCAAAGGGAUUGGACCAUGAGGAGAAGACGUGGAUAAUUGCUGGAGUCGACGAGUUUCAGAAGAAUCUCAAGAAAGCUUCCAGUCCUUUAAAAAUUACUCUGUACAAUGCUUGAUUGUUGCAUUUUUCUUGAUUUUCUCGUGAAUAAGUGUAUUUAUUACUCAUUAUUGAGUGAUCUUUUCUGACUUUGUUUUAUUUCAUUCUAAU